AUGAGGCCGGCAGCAGCGGUCACGGCCAAUGGCCACCGAGAGCGGCGAGGACAUUCGAUCCCACGCCUAGGUGAGGAACCAAGAAUCGGCCGCAGCCCCCCAGCCACGCUCCGGGGGGAGCAGGUGACGACGGCUGACCCCGACCGCCCAACGGUAGCCACAGAGGAGGGGGAGCGGCGCAGUGCCCCCGCCAGCGCCCACAGGGGACGACCGCGAGCAUCCGCCCUAGGGGAAGCCGAGAGGUGCAAAAAGACGCUUCCAAGGAGGGAGCAACGUCCGCAGACGCCGCCGUCCAAGCUUUCGCCAACACCUUGGCCAAACCCCGAAGGAACAGUAGCAGUCCUGACCGCAACCAGGCAAGCACCUGGCGCCGCCGUGUGCAACACAAGCGUCACGCGCGGCAAGUGCCGUUGCUGCCCGGCCACAUGUGCCGCCACCACGGCGGCCGUCGCGACGCGGCGUCCACACAGCACGCCGGCCGCGAACGCCGCCGAGCCGCUCCUCGCCGCGCUGGACGCGGGCGUCGCGGAGCUGAGCCCCGCCACGCUCCGAUGUAGGCAUUGCCGUGCCAGCCGCGGGCAGACCACGGGAGCUGCGCCACCGCAGACAUGCCCGGCGCUGCCGCCGUGCCCCGACGCGCGGAGACCUGCGCCGGCCGCGAGCGUGCCCCGACGCGCGCCACCCCAAUUGCUGAUGCUGCGCCACACCACCGAGCCCCGCCGCGCUCUGGCGGAGGCGUUGCCGUGCUGCGCGUGGGCAGGCCAUGAGAGCCGCACCGCUACAGCCAGGCCGGCGCCGCCGCGGGCCACGAGCAAGCCCCGCCCGGGCGAGCGCAGCCCAAUGCAGACGCCGAGCCGCACAGCCACAACUGCAGAGCCCCGCUGCACGGAUGUGUUGAGGGAGCAGAUCAAGCGACCCAGUGGGCGGAUCCGGGUCCGCACAGGGUGGAUCCGGCCGCGGACCACCAGCAGCCGCUAG